GAGUCUAAGUUUAAAGAAACUGGAGUAAUUACACCUGAAGAAUUUGUUGCAGCUGGAGAUCACUUAGUUCACCACUGUCCUACUUGGCAAUGGGCUUCAGGAGAAGAACUAAAAGUCAAGGCUUAUCUGCCAACAGACAAACAGUUUUUGGUAACUAAAAAUGUGCCUUGCUACAAAAGGUGUAAGCAGAUGGAGUACUCAGAUGAGCAGGAAGCAAUUAUAGAAGAAGAUGAUGGUGACGGGGGAUGGGUAGACACUUUUCACAAUGCAGGUAUAGUGGGUGCAACAGAAGCAGUUAAGGAGAUCACGCUAGACAGUAAGGAUAAUAUAAAAAUACCAGAACGUUCAGCAUCUUGUGAAGAUGAUGAUGAGGAAGAUGAAGGAGAAGCUGCAGACAUGGAAGAGUAUGAAGAAAGUGGGCUAUUGGAGACAGAUGAUGCAACGCUUGACACAAGACAGAUUGUAGAAGCUAACAAAGCUAAAGCUGAUGUUGGAGGGGAAGAUGCUAUUCUACAGACUAGAACUUACGACCUCUACAUCACAUAUGACAAAUAUUACCAAACACCAAGGCUCUGGUUAUUUGGAUAUGAUGAGCAACGGCAGCCUUUAACAGUAGAGCAUAUGUAUGAAGAUAUUAGUCAAGAUCACGUCAAGAAAACAGUGACCAUUGAAAACCAUCCUCAUCUUCCUCCACCUCCCAUGUGCUCAGUUCAUCCAUGCAGGCAUGCAGAAGUGAUGAAGAAAAUAAUCGAGACUGUUGCAGAAGGUGGGGGAGAACUUGGAGUUCACAUGUACCUUCUUAUUUUCUUGAAAUUUGUACAGGCAGUCAUUCCAACGAUAGAAUAUGACUACACGAGGCACUUUACAAUGUAACUAAAAUCAGAGAUGUCCUCCUCUAAUUAUCAAAUCUUUUUUUAAAUAACCCAUCCAUGUGACUUAUACAACGUUAUACACAAUUUCUGUAACUAACCUUUUAUCAAGUUGAUGCAUUAAAAUAAAAUGUUCCAUUACCA